AUGGGGCCACCCAACUGGAUCCCUACGGGGCUUGCUCCCGCGGGACUCGUCCGAGUCCAGGGACCUAGCGCGGGGGCUCCGGUUCUUCGCGGACGCCCCACCCCCCGGCGGUUCGAACUCCGCUUCUCUGCCUGCCCACUGCUGGCUUGCUCCUUGCCGGCAUCAGCACCGUCCAACAUCGGUUGGCCCCGCAAGCCUUUCCGGCUCCCCCGCAACCUCACGGGAAUCGCUGGAGAAGCUUUGGUGCGCCGAGGAGGUGGGGGGACACGGAAGGGACUGGACGGGUGCGGGGAUCUGCAGACCUCAGAGAAGUCUGGGACACAAUGGGAAGGGGUUGUCGUUGAAAGCUCUUGGUUGCUCCCGGUACUCCGGGACCUUUCUACAGAGCCCAGCCCUGAUUCCAGGUGCCCUGGAGCCAACUCUCCCCAGCACCUCUGCCUCUUGGCCGGGGCUGGGGCCAAGGCGGGAGGGAGAGGACUGACUUCCCUGCCCUCAGCCUCCCUCAUUCCUUCUCCUACAACCAUUCCAAGACUUUGUGGCUUCUCCGCUGGGGCUACCCAGCGGAGCUUCCUAGGUCAGGAGAGGCUGAUCUCCCAAGGGAACCACGGCCGAGGCAUUGCAGACACCGGCGCUCUUCCCUCCAGGCUCCACCGACUUUAUACACCGCCCCCCCCAAAAAACCACCCUCAAUCCCCCAAGCCCUUAACCCACAGAAACCAGUAUCUUCUCCACCCCCGCUGCCCGGUUUGUUGCGCCAGGAGCUGCAACUACCCCUUCUUCCGAAACCUGCGCAGUUUUAAUCACGCAGACCCAAAUAGGUGUCAAACCAAAGCCCCAACUCCUGGCCACGGAACUUCAUCCCCAAAACCAGGACCAGCUCAGGACGGCCCAGGCAACAACUUCCAGACUCUCAGGUCCGAGGAAAUACAGAAACUGGGGAGGGCGGAAGAAAUAACAGAGCCCACUCCUUAAGAUAGGCUCACAAUACCAGAGAGCAACGAAAACAGCUCCCAGUGCCCAGAAAUUCCGGACCGUUGGUUCUUUUUGGUUUUAUUCUCUAAAGGGAAAGGGCCGACGUGGGCAGGGGAAGAACAGGUAUCGAAGCGCCCGGGAUUUCGGAGGAGCCGGGUGACCGAGAGGGAAAUUCCCGGAGGUUGGGCUCGGUCCUCUGGCUCCCCCUUGAAGGACACAUGGAAGGAUUUCUUGUCUGCUCUGAGACCAGAGGCCCCCGAAACUGACCCGAGAAAAGACAGGCUCCAUUUCUGAAGCGCUCUUCUGCCGUUACCGCUGGACUCUGGCGCUCUCCUCUCAGACUUUUCUGACAUACCAGCUCGGUUCGGGGGACAUUGGCCAGGGCUGGGUUCUUCAAGUUUCGACGAUCCCAAGACCCAGAAAGCCAGAGAAAGGAGCCCUGUUCCUGGCGGGCGGGGUCCUUGUGGCCACGGACGGAGAGGUAACUAGGCUGCAGGAGUCGUUGCCUAUCCCCACCUUCCGUGGUUUUAAGAGUCCCUGGAACGGGAGUGGAGAGGUUUGGCAGUUCCCAUUUUUAUAGAGACCUAGGAAAAAAACCCAGAGACGUCCAUUUCUGUCUUCAAACGAUUUAGGGGCUUCACGCUGGAAUGGGAACUCAGAAAUCAGAAAGAAGCGAACGCAUGACAUAGCUGUUUUUAGACCCAGGAAAAACCUGUGCUAAGCCACCCGCUGGAGCCCACCUGCAGUCACUGCAAGGAGAGACAAGCUUUGCUCAGUCUACGCUCGGACAAAGCUGUCUUUCGGGUGGCGCUCGCUGCCUUCCCUCAGUUGUCUGGUUCCUGUGUUCUCCCGCUCCCCUCUAGCUGCCUCGGGACGUGGGGUGUGGAUGGGGGCAGGUGUGAGCCAGAGGUACAUCGCGCCCUCCCAGACAGCUCUGCGGGACGAGCGACUUGGGCAACACGUGGCGGGAGCUCCAUCCGGGGUGCAGGCACAUUCUCCAACUCCCUGGGUCCAGUCCCGCAGUGACAUGCUCCCAGGCUAGAGACCAGCACCCCAAAGGCCAAGAUGCCUCGGAGAGGGCUCCAAGUUCAUGGACCAGUGAGCCAGUAUGCAGAGGAACUCGUGGGUCUUAGGGGCCUAGAAGCAAACAAGGCUCUAACUACUAUGCGGGUAGGAAUGAGCACUGUUGCCUUUGACAUUGACUCUCCUUUGGGGGCUAUAAAGAUUGGACGCUCCUUCUCGCCCCCCCCCCCAAAAAAAAAGACUGGAGGUCGGGUCGGGGCUUCCCAGGUCCCGAUUCCUCUUGGCCCAGUGCAAAUUGUAUUGACUGAUGAGUUGACCAGCCACGAAUGGAAUUUAGGCAGAUGAAAACGGACCACUUCUCCCCACACGAGGGAUGAGGACGCUGAGGAUGCUAAGGAUGAUGAUGUUAAGCUCUGCCAGUCUGGCUGGUUUGAGUGAGCAAGCAGCAGAGGGAAGUAAUAAAGUGAGCUGAGAUUUCUCCCAUGCACCCGGAGGAGUCAUCCGGUUCUGGGCAAUCGUAGAGUAACCAUCCUUCUAGGGCCAAUGGUGUGGGCGGGGGAGGGGAGUUGAGGAGGGAUGGACAGGACCACCAGACCCUUGAAGAGACCCUCCCUGCCCCAGACUGAGGCACGCAGGUCUAGACUUUUUACAAAGACAAAGACUGCAGAAACGCAUUGCACGAAGAAAGACAGACACAUAAUAAAGUCACACACACACCGAUGACACCCACAGAGACACUACAACCAAAACUAACUCAAUACAGACACACAUCGCACACACAUUUUCGACAGACAUUCACAGAGACACACAUUGUAGGCAUACAGACGCACAAUACACAUCACAGGCAUACAACGGACACACAUACACAUCCGAACGGAACACACACUACUCCGCAGACCCACGUGGACAAAUUGACAUAUGUACCCUCAAGCAAGCCAUAUGCAUACGACACACAUUGCUAUUUCACAUCUCCUGUUACUGCACAACACAUAUAGGUACAACAGAGCAGUCACACACCUAAUGCAAACAUGCACACUAUGCACAUGUAACGGACACAUACAUGAAGACCUCAGAGACACGCCCACACUCAUAGCGACACGCACACACAAGAGACGCACGUUUGAAUUUCUCUCUUGAGAGGUUUAAACGAAGCCAUUCUUCCAGGAAUGUCUAUCUCCGGAACUUGGAAAAGAAGGGUUGGACAGCUCUCUGUAGAGCAUACCCCCAAACCCACUUCAUAAUCCCAUCCGCCCAGCUCCCCCUUUAACCUCUUCUUCUUGAGUCACCGUGAACCUUCAUUUUGUGGAGUGUAUUCCUAUAGCGCUGUUGCCGCCAAGGAAUGUGAAUCCAGUCGAAUCGAUUUUCCUUACACCCUAAAAAAAGACUUGGUUCUCCACACGCUAAAAAAUCUUCCUUUUCUCAGGCUUAGCAAUAACGAACCCCUAGCUCAGCUUUUGGAGUCCGGUCAGACUGACCAGAAAGAGUUACAGAAGAGACACGGUAUCAUAAUGAACAGAGCGCCCUGGGUCUGCAUCCCGGCUCUGAUACCCCAUCUUUAUAAUUGUGGGCAAGCCUCA